AUGCUUUUAGAAGGACGUCGUGACGAGCAGAGCAAGUAUCAAGUUGAACAAAUUGAAUCUAAAGAACAAACUGACGGUGAGGCUAAUAAAUUAGAACAAAAACCUAAUAACGGUAAUAUUUCGAACAGUAGUAAUGUUAUUUGCAGAAAUUGUGGGCGUGCUUAUCCACACACAGGAGCAUGUCCAGCGAAAGGGAAAACCUGUAAUAAUUGUGGAAAACCGAAUCAUUUCGCUGCUGUUUGUCGAGGAAAACAAAAACAAACGCGAUCACCGAGAUACUCAAACAAAAAGCAUGCACAAAGAAAUUUAAAAACAUUAGAUACAGGAUCAAACUCGAGUUCCGAUGAAGACUAUUUAUAUACCAUGACAAAUAGCUACAAAGCACAAUAA